GCCCGGCCCGGCCCGGCCCUCCCGGCGCGGCGCGGCGGGACUUGUAGUGCGCGGCGGGCGGAGGCGGCCGGGCCGGCCCCGGGGCGGACUACAAGUCCCAGGCGGGGCGGGCGGCGCCGAGUGCGAGCCCGGCGGAGCGCGGCGGGGCUCGCUGGGCGCCGCAGCCGUAACCUCCCGUCUCUCCCUCUCGCAGCGGCCGCGGCGACGAUGCAGGCGGAGUCGGGGAUCGUGCCGGACUUCGAGGUGGGCGAGGAGUUCCACGAGGAGCCCAAGACGUACUACGAGCUGAAGAGCCAGCCGCUGAAGAGCAGCAAUUCCGAGCAUCCUGGCGCUUCCAAGCCUCCCUUAAGCUCCUCCAGCAUGACCUCACGAAUCCUGCUCCGACAGCAGCUCAUGCGUGAGCAGAUGCAGGAGCAGGAGCGUCGGGAGCAGCAGCAGAAGCAGCAGGCAGCCCAGUUCAUGCAGCAGCGAGUGCCCGUGAGCCAGACACCUGCCAUCAACGUCAGCGUCCCCACCAGCCUGCCCCCCGCCACCCAGGUGCCCAUGGAGGUCCUCAAGGUGCAGACUCACCUUGAGAAUCCAACCAAGUACCACAUUCAGCAGGCCCAGCGGCAGCAGGUAAAGCAGUACCUCUCUACCACUCUAGCAAAUAAACAUGCCAACCAAGCCCUGAGCUUGCCAUGUCCAAACCAGCCUGGGGAUCAUGUCAUGCCACCUGGAACGGGCAGCAGCGCACCCAACAGCCCCAUGGCUAUGCUCACACUCAACUCCAACUGUGAGAAAGAGGGAUUUUAUAAAUUUGAAGAGCAAAGCAGGGUUGAGAGUGAGUGCCCGGCUCUGAAUACACACUCACGAGCAUCAUGCAUGCAGAUGGAUGAUGUGAUCGAUGACAUCAUUAGUUUGGAGUCCAGUUACAAUGAAGAAAUCCUCGGCUUGGUGGACCCAGCCCUGCAAAUGGCAAACACGUUGCCUGUGUCUGGCAAUUUGAUUGACCUUUAUGGCAACCAAAGCAUGCCUCCUCCAGGACUAAACAUCAGCAACUCGUGUCCAGCUAAUCUUCCUAAUAUAAAAAGGGAGCUCACAGAGUCUGAAGCGAGAGCCUUGGCUAAGGAGAGGCAAAAGAAAGACAAUCACAACUUGAUUGAACGAAGAAGAAGAUUUAAUAUUAAUGAUCGUAUAAAAGAACUGGGCACCUUGAUACCCAAGUCAAAUGACCCUGACAUGCGCUGGAACAAGGGGACGAUUCUGAAGGCGUCGGUGGAUUACAUCCGCAAGCUGCAGAGGGAGCAGCAGCGCACCAAGGAGCUGGAGAACAGGCAGAAGAAGCUGGAGCAUGCCAACAGGCACCUGCUGCUCAGAAUACAGGAACUGGAGAUGCAAGCCCGAGCGCACGGACUGUCCCUUGUCCCAUCUACAGGCCUCUGCUCCCCUGACAUGGUCAACAGGGUCAUCAAGCAGGAGCCUGUGCUGGACAACUGCAGCCAAGACAUGAUGCCACACCACACAGAGCUGUCGUGCACCACCACCCUGGACCUCACCGACGGCACCAUCAGCUUCAGCGACAACCUGGGCAACGUGACUGACCCAGCUGGCACCUACGGGGUUCCUGCCAAAAUGGGCUCCAAACUGGAAGAUAUCCUGAUGGACGAUACCCUGUCCCCCGUGGGAGUGACUGACCCCCUGCUCUCCUCCGUCUCUCCUGGGGCAUCAAAGACGAGUAGCAGGCGGAGCAGCGUGAGCAUGGAGGACACUGACCAUGCUUGUUAGCAUCUGUUGGCACACCUUUCAUGAACUGCUUUGGUUCUUGAUCAGUAGAUGAAAUAAUUUACCUUUUGUAGAAUUUUUUUGAUUUUAUUUUUUUUUUUCCCCUUUGUGCUUCAUCAGUGUGUGUGCGUGUGUGUAUAUAUUAUAUAUAUAGGAUUUUUUUUAGAAUUUUUGUGAAGAAACUUGUAUAUUCUAUUUUAAAACUACCAAUGCCUCCAAUAUAUUGUACAGCAUAUGUACAGAAUCUGUGAACUGGAUUCGCCAAGAACUUUGAACUGGUCAAAUCUACUCAAAGCAAUAGAAUUACAGAUGAAGAGUCUGUUUCUACAGGGGGGGAGGGGGCAAUUGUAGGAUUGUAAAUGCAACCUAUUUACUUGGAAACAAAAUGUAAAGUUUAAGAAUGUAAAGAAACAACAACAACAAAAAGUCCAAUUUGUAAUUGUAUUAAUUGAAUAGCGCUGCCUUAAAGAUACAGUGUCCUUCAAAUGUUGGUCUUACAUGACAAGUGUUUAGGGAAAGUACCCACCCGACUUCACUCAGAAAACAAACUGAACCCAAGUGUUAAGACAUCCUGAUUGUGUUGGUUGUGAUAUAAAAUGCUAUUGCUGAAACUGCAGGGAGAUGUGAGUGUCUCAGAGUGUUGUUUAAUUUUACUCUGAGCUGAUUUGGGUUUUCCUUUUGAUCAUGGUUCAAGUUUUUCCUCUUAAAUUUUUAUUUUGUUUUGUGACACGCAUGGAUGGCUUUGCCAAUGGCAAACCAAGCUGGAGCACUGUAAGUUGGGAAUACACCCUUUGGACAAAAAAAAAUUAUGCAUAUUAUCAGCUGGGCACAUUAUGUUGUACAUAUCUAAUUGGCUUUAUUUUUUUUUAAAUUGCAUUGUACAGUUUCUUUUGAUUUGCAUGGAUUCCUUAGUUAUCCUCAACUUUUUGUUUUAAAUUUAUUUGUAUUUCAUUUGUAAGAUUUUUGCCUCUUAAUAUUGCAGCAAUUUUUUGACAUUUUUAAAACUCAUUGGAAGUUUUCUGCGUUCUUUGUAAACACUUGAAAGGAAGCUUUUAUGCAGGGUUCUGUGUUUUAAGAGAGAUUUUGAGAAUAUUUUGUAUAUUACAGUCUCACUUUGAAAAUGUUUUUAAACGCAUUUAAGGUAGAGUAAAAAUUUAGAUUAGGUAAUAAAACAACUCUGUAGAGAAACUGAACUUACAUAUUUAUUUUUAGUGAUACAGAAAAAAAGUAGUAAUAUGCUUGGAAACAUAACUAUGUAGUUAAUAUACCCGUUAGAGCAAUUCGUGUUCUAUUUCAGCACUGAGGCUGACAUAAGAGAAAAAAAAAACAACAAAAAAAAAGAGUAAAUUACUGUAUCUGCAAAUAACUGUUACUUGAUAACAAUGUUAUUAAUUUUUAACAUGCAACCAUGUUGUAAAAGUAGUUCGGUGCAUUAUCUACUCAAGUGUAGUCCUAUGCAAUAACGGUAGUUUUCCUUGUAUUAUAUCCAGCCUAGGUGUUCCACGGAGGUGACAGGUGGUGUUCCGAGCUAGACGGAGGGAAUGGAAUUCUCCAAGGCAGCCUACAGCUGACUGGCAGGCGUAGCUCGUUCAGAAUGAAGUGCCUUAAACUCUAGUUGUAGUCUUCCUCGACUAGCACUGACUGAAGUGUGGCAUAGACAGAGCUUUGGGUGGUGGUGUGUAGGGCGUUGAGUGUAGCAUGGUGCCUACAGAUAGAAAACCAGAGCUUCCCUUUCUCCUUUGUGCUACACUGGAAAUUACAUAGGAUGAGUGCAACGGUGAGUAACUUGAGUGCCAGUUUGGCCAGCUUUCCAAGGAACCCUUGGGCUCAGCAGGUAGUGUUCAGAAACCAAAUGUGAACUGGGUAGGACGGGGUGGCCGGGGAUGGUGAUGGGAGUUCCCAUGGCUGAGCCCUCUCCCAGGGGAAGGCUCCUGGUGUCCCCUGCCUGGCCCUUGUGCUCCCAGCACAGAGGCUCAGGCUCAGUGGGGCUGUGGAACUCGGGCUGUGUGUUCCUGUCACUCUUCCCGUGGCUGUGUCCAGCCCUCCCUUCCCGCUUGAGCCGCCAGCGAUGUGUUAGCGUUGAUGCAACCGCGGGGUUGUGGCUUCUUUUCCUUUCUUUUUUAGUUUUUGAAGGAGGAGCUGGAGUUGGGUUAUAAUGAUGCCUCUCCCCCUCACCCCAGACAGCUUUUGGGAAUGUGUCUUUCCUAGGGUAGAGGAGCUCUGGCCCAGGCAGGACCCAGGAGGCUGCAGGAUGUGCUGUGCUCACCAUGGUCCUGGGCAGGAACUGCCCCCAGUUCUGCAGGGCAGCUGUGCCAUAGCUCGAAGUCAGCUAUGGGGGUACAGGCUUCUGGUGCUGCUCUUUGCCUGGGGUGACAGGUAGGAAAGUCAGGGCUGUAGAAAAUGCUUGUAGUUAUAACACAGGGCCGUGUUGCCCUUCCCAGAAAAUGGGACAGCUCUGCAGCGUUGGCACAACAAAUCAGGGUGUGCAUGCUGGAGUGUAGUAACUGAGAACCACUGAAUGUAUUGAAUGAGGCUUUUGGUUUGGUGCCUGCCCUGGGCAUUCAGAAAUUCAAGUCUAGACUGUGGUAUAUGAAUAUUUUUCAAGCUUAUGUAAAACCACUGGUACUCGCUGACAACCAUGACUUCUGAUUUUACAUGCUGUGUGGAGGUGAGUUAGGAUUCAAGGCCAACCAUUCCAUCAAGAGCUGGAUUCCUUGGCAGAAGUCUCUGUGGCUGCAGCAGCUGUGUUGUGUGCUCCUAUACCUUGUGUUUUCUGGGGUAACACAUAACUUGGCCAUGCCCUGCUCACUCUUCCCCCCGUGUUUCCUUAGGUUACAGCCCUCCUCUGAGCCUGCCCACCCUUGGGAUGGUGACACUGCCCUGGGGACACCUCUAGGAGACACAGACCCCCAGUGGGUGCUAAUGGGAGGUGCCUUGUUGGAGCAUGGUGGAGGGCAUGGCUGUGGCAUUCAGCAGGGGUUGGUGGCCAGGACAGAGGCAGCAGCCACGGGCAGGGUGUGGCAUGGACUCGGUGCAGUGAGUGCACACGAGUCGUUGCCCUCAGCAGCUGGGUGGGGAACCGACCAAUGCUGACUUUGCCAAAGCCAUGCAACAGGCAGGGACAUGCAGAGUACCAUGAAGUUCUUCCUUACUGCUUUUGGCCUAUAAAGCAAUAUUUAACUCUUACAACCUGUAAAAGCAAAAAGAAGGUACAUAAGGAAAGCACAAAGCACAAAAUAAUGCACUUACAUUUAUGUUGUUUGACAUAAAAUGCACUGGGGGGGGAAGCUGAUGUUGAUAAUAGUAUAAAUACCUAUAUUUCUUGAAAAAGUGACAUUAAUUACUGCCUCUUGCUAUGAUGCUUGGUACUGUAAUGUUGAUAUUCAUCUGCUGUUGACUGCAGCAAUAAUUUGUGUAUGGUCCAUAGCACUGUAAAUUAUGGAUCAAUAUUAAUGUAUCCAAUGAAAUAAUUUGAACUGUUGUUCUUGAUAGAUGGAUUAAAGCAUUUGGUUUUUCACAUA